CCAAGAACAUGAUCAGUGAAAUUUUUGGGAGGGCAACCGUGGAAAACGAUCCAGCGAAAACAAACGCCAACCCCGUUUCCUUCGGACAUUUCGUCUCUCGAAACCCUAGAUGAUUCCAUCAACGAACACUCGAGCCAGGUUUCGCACCACUUUCUUAUCUCUCGGUUAAAAAGACAAUGAAAGCCCCAAAUCACCAGAAGCGCAAGUUUAAACUUAAGCUCCGUCAACCUAGGAUUUGGUCACGUGCGGCUUAUCUCUCAGCCUGAUCCCGGAUCACCAACUUGCCUAGUUUGGAUUCAAAUCAUGGUGAUGAACGAGGACAGCCAAGUCCUGGAGGACAAUGUCAAGCGUUGGUUCUUCGAGCGAUUCCACCUCUUCAAUCACAGCAUCAAAUACACAGGUUUGAAUGGAGCCGUCAGUCCAUCCACGUUGACUUUGGUGAGCACCUUUUCGAAUCUGCAUUCGGUGACGGAAAUUGAUCUCACCGGUUCGUUACCCGGCAAUGACCUGAGAUACUUGGAGAAUGUCCAGAGCCUCCAAUCCCUCAUCCUGGAUUCAUGUUGCCUCAAUGACCACUUCAUCUGCCCUAGUAUACACUCCCUUGGGAUUUUGAGUUUAAACAAAAACAAUCUCGCCAACUUGGACCAGCUUCUCCUUGGCCUUGGACAACGUGCCCCAGGGAUCCAGCACCUUAGCCUUUUGGGAAAUCCUCUUUGCCCUCAUCCAUGUUUUCCUGCCCACAGGUGA